AUGGUCCAAAAAAAUAAUCAAGGGGAAUUAGAUGAUAAUAGUAAUGCAACCAGUAUUCCAAUUCCACUAGAUCCUCUUGAAAAACCUGAACCUAAUAAUUCAAAUAUACAAACAAUUGAGUCGAAUAAUCAAGAUAACAAAGAUCAAACAAUUGAACUGAAUAAUCAAGAUAAUAAAGAUCUGAAUAAGCAAAAUAUACUAAUUAUUGAACAAAGUGAUCAAGAUGCUACAAAUUUAAUUAAUCAUGAUUUUCAAACCCAUACACCAUUAUCAAAUAUUCAAAUUAACUCUAUUUCUUCAACUAAUUCUA